CCCACCUGGGAUAUGGGAAGCAAAGAUGGAUUUUUCCGUUAUGCAGAUGGCUUUGACAAAUUGCUAUUACUCUUUGGGACUUUGGGUUGCAUUGGAGGUGGCCUACAAACCCCUAUGACAAUGCUUGUUCUUGGCAGUUUGAUAGAUGAUUAUGCUGGUGGAUCUGGACAUGCUGUGUCCAACCAUGUUAUUGACAAGUACGCUCUAAGGCUGCUGGGUGUUGCUAUUGGGGUUGCUCUAUCCUCCUUUAUAGAAGGGGUAUGUUGGACAAGAACAGCAGAAAGACAAACUUCCCGCAUGAGAACUGAAUAUCUUAAAUCAGUCCUAAGGCAAGAAGUUGGUUUCUUCGACAAGCAAACUGACUCUUCCUCAACUUUUCAAGUUAUUGCCACCAUAACUUCUGAUGCUCAAACAAUACAAGAUACCAUGGCUGAUAAGGUGCCCAAUUGUCUUGGUCACCUCUCAGCAUUUUUCUCUAGCUUUGUAGUGGCACUCUUCCUUUCAUGGAGACUUGCACUAGCUGCUUUUCCAUUUUCAAUCAUAAUGAUCAUGCCAGCUAUCAUAUUUGGGAAGACCAUGAAAGAGCUGGGAAAUAAAAUGAAGGAUGCAUAUGGAGUUGCUGGUAGCAUAGCUGAACAAACAAUCUCAUCAAUUCGAACUGUUUAUUCAUAUGUAGGUGAGAAGCAGACACUAGAAGCGUUCAACUCAGGUCUUCAGAAAAGUAUGGAGAUUGGCAUAAAACUAGGUCAAACCAAGGGAGUGAUUAUUGGUAGCUUUGGGUUGCUAUAUGCUACUUGGGCAUUCCAAUCUUGGGUUGGUAGUGUUCUGGUCAGGACAAAAGGAGAAAGUGGUGGCCCUGUGUUUUGUGCUGAAAUAUGCAUCAUUUGGGGAGGACUGUCUCUGAUGAGUGCACUCCCAAAUCUUGGUUUCAUAUUAGAGGCAACAACAGCUACUACCCGAAUUUUUGAGAUGAUUGACCGAGUGCCAACCAUAAAUUCUUAUAAAGAAAAAGGAAAGCUCUUAACACAUACAAGAGGAGAGAUCACAUUUAACGAGGUUGAGUUUAGUUACCCAUCAAGGCCAGAUGCACCGGUUCUCCAAGGACUCAAUCUGAAAGUACAGGCAGGUAAAACAGUAGGCCUAGUUGGAGGGAGUGGUUCUGGCAAAUCUACUAUCAUCUCUUUGCUUGAAAGAUUUUAUGAUCCUGUAUAUGGUGAGAUAUUGCUUGAUGGAUAUGAUAUACAGACACUCCACAUUAAGUGGUUAAGGUCCCAGAUGGGACUGGUAAAUCAGGAACCAAUUCUCUUUGCAACAUCCAUAAGGGAGAACAUUCUAUUUGGCAAGGAAGGAGCUUCAAUGGAAGCUGUUAUAAGCGCAGCAAAGGCAGCAAAUGCACAUGAUUUCAUUGUUAAACUUCCUAAUGGAUAUGAAACUCAAGUAGGACAAUUCGGAGCUCAAUUGUCUGGAGGGCAAAAACAAAGGAUUGCCAUUGCAAGGGCUUUAAUAAGAGAGCCAAAAAUUCUCCUACUAGAUGAAGCCACAAGUGCAUUGGAUUCACAAUCCGAAAGACUAGUGCAAGAUGCCCUUGAUAAGGCUUCCAGAGGCAGAACAACAAUCAUCAUAGCGCAUCGGCUAUCCACAAUUCGUAAAGCUGAUUCAAUAGUAGUUAUUCAAUCUGGAAGAGUGGUUGAAUCUGGUUCCCAUGAUGAACUACUCCAACUGAACAAUGGGCAAGGAGGGACUUACAGCAAAAUGCUACAACUGCAACAGGCAAUAAGUCAAGACGAAAAUGCAUUGCAUCAAAUAAACAAGAGCCCUUUAGCUAUGGUAAAUCAAACAAGUCCAAUUUUUAGCAGGCAAAGUAGCCCAAUUCAUCAUGCAUUUAGCUCAACGCAACCGUUUAGUCCCAUAUAUUCAAUCAGUAUUCCAGGGUCCAGCUUUGAUGACUACAGCAGCGAAAACUGGGAGAAAUCUUCAAAUGCAAGCUUCUCUCAAUGGCGUUUACUUAAAAUGAAUGCCCCAGAGUGGAAACAUGCAUUGCUUGGGUGUUUAGGGGCCAUUGGCUCUGGAAUAUGUCAGCCAAUUUACUCCUAUUGCUUGGGAAUUGUUGCAUCUGUCUACUUUAUAAAGGACAACUCUCUCAUCAAAUCAGAAAUCAGGUUGUACUCGUCCAUCUUCUGCUGCAUAGCUGUUGUCAACUUCCUUUCAGGCCUCAUUCAACAUUACAAUUUCACCAUUAUGGCAGAACGCUUGCUAAAAAGGGUGCGAGAAAACUUGCUAGAGAAGGUGCUGACUUUUGAGAUGGGAUGGUUUGACCAAGAGGAUAACAGCAGUGCGGCAAUUUGUGCUCGUUUGGCAACUGAAGCCAACUUGGUUAGAUCCCUUGUUGCAGAACGAAUGUCAUUGUUAGUUAACGUUUCUGUUAUGGCUUUCUUGGCUUUUGUACUAAGUUUAAUUGUCACAUGGAGGGUGGCUCUUGUUAUGACCGCAAUGCAGCCGUUGAUCAUUGUAUGCUUCUACUCAAAAAACAUUCUCAUGAAAAGUAUGGCAGGCAAAGCAAGAAAGGCUCAAAGAGAGGGUAGUCAAUUAGCAAUGGAAGCUACUACCAAUCAUAGGACUAUUGCUGCAUUCUCAUCUGAGAAAAGGAUUUUAAAUUUGUUCAGAAUGGCGAUGGAAGGCCCCAAGAAAGAAAGCAUCAAGCAAUCAUGGAUUUCAGGUUCCAUAUUGUCAGCCUCAUAUUUUGUAACAACAGCAUCUAUAACUUUGACUUUUUGGUAUGGAGGCCGGUUAUUGAAUCAAGGGCUGGUGGAAUCAAAACCUCUUUUGCAAGCUUUCCUCAUUUUGAUGGGCACUGGUAGACAAAUUGCAGAGACAGCAAGCACAACUUCUGACAUAGCUAAAAGUGGAAGAGCCAUUAGUUCAGUAUUUGCGAUACUGGAUAGGAAAAGUGAGAUUGAACCAGAAGAUCCUAGACAUAGAAAGUUCAAAAAUACUAUGAAGGGCCAUAUAAAACUGAGAGAUGUCUUUUUCUCAUACCCCGCAAGGCCAGAUCAAAUGAUUCUCAAGGGCCUCAGUCUUGAUAUUGAAGCUGGCAAAACAGUUGCAUUAGUGGGACAAAGUGGCUCGGGAAAAUCCACCAUCAUUGGCUUAAUUGAAAGAUUUUAUGACCCCAUGAAGGGAUCUAUAUCCAUAGACAAUUGUGACAUCAGGGAAUUUAACUUGAGAAGUUUGAGAUCACAUAUUGCCUUGGUGAGUCAGGAGCCAACCCUUUUUGCAGGAACUAUACGUGACAAUAUUGUGUAUGGGAAAAAGGAUGCAUCAGAAGAUGAAAUAAGAAAGGCAGCACGUCUUUCAAAUGCUCAUGAGUUUAUAAGUUCAAUGAAAGAUGGUUAUGACACUUACUGUGGAGAAAGAGGAGUGCAGCUCUCAGGAGGACAGAAGCAGAGGAUAGCAAUUGCUCGAGCAGUGCUUAAGGACCCUUCAGUCCUUCUGUUAGAUGAAGCAACAAGUGCUCUAGACAGUGUAUCAGAGAAUCGGGUUCAGGAGGCACUUGAGAAAAUGAUGGUUGGAAGAACGUGUAUAGUUAUAGCUCACCGUUUGUCAACAAUACAAAGUGUAGAUUCCAUAGCUGUGAUAAAAAAUGGGAAGGUGGUGGAACAAGGGUCACACUCAGAGUUAUUGAGCAUGGGAUCAAAUGAAGCUUAUUACUCCUUGAUUAGGCUACAACAUGGCCACUCAACUUGAGGUGAUAUGUACAAAUAUGCAUAUGAAUCAAUGUACCAAGCAUUAUGCAAUUUAAAAUAAGAUAAACAGUUUUGUACCCAAAAUAUAUAUUAAAAACAUUAGCUUAAAGUAA